CAAAGGAUUCUAGGCGCUAACGGUUCUCCAGAGAAACAUCCCGUCAAGAUCUACCAACGGCAAUCGUCGCGUGCGUUUUAAAAUAAUUUGUUACCCGUCGAAAGUCACCUGAAAAAACGGUCAAGCGAAGUGAAUUUUAAUUUUUGGAAAAUUAUUUAUUCCAAAAGCAAGAAGCAGUUAUAAAAAAUAAUUGCUCAGCAUCCAGCUUUUUCUGCGAGGACAAGUAACUAAAAAAAAAGGAAACUUAGAAAUGGAUUCUGCCGCAGCCGCCGCCGCCAAGCGCGUUCAAAUCGAAAAGGCCCACAACUUUAUGCGCCAAUAUCGCGAUCCCGAGUCCAGGGAACUCAAGAAGCUGUCGGCCAACCAGUUCAUGGAUGUCUGGGCGCACUACGAUAAGGAUGGAAAUGGCUACAUUGAGGGCACCGAGCUGGACGGAUUUCUGAGGGAGUUCGUGUCGAGUGCCAAUGCCACAGACAUCAGUCCGGAGGCUGUCACGGACACCAUGCUCGAGGAGCUGAAGUCCUGCUUCAUGGAGGCCUACGAUGACAAUCAGGAUGGCAAAAUCGAUAUCAGAGAGCUCGCUCAACUUUUGCCCAUGGAGGAGAAUUUCCUUUUGCUCUUCCGCUUCGAUAAUCCCCUGGAAUCUAGCGUGGAAUUCAUGAAGAUCUGGCGUGAAUACGACACCGACAACUCGGGUUACAUCGAGGCGGAUGAGCUGAAGAACUUCUUGCGCGACUUGCUCAAAGAGGCCAAAAAGAUCAAUGAUGUGUCCGAGGACAAGCUCAUUGAGUACACCGAUACCAUGCUCCAAGUAUUCGAUGCCAACAAGGACGGACGUUUGCAGCUGUCGGAAAUGGCCAAAUUGCUUCCGGUUAAAGAGAACUUCCUUUGCCGCCAGGUGUUUAAGGAGGGCAUUGAUGGCGCCACAAAGUUGACCAAGGAAGAUAUUGAAAAAGUAUUCUCGCUCUACGAUCGUGACAACAGCGGCACCAUUGAAAAUGAGGAGCUCAAGGGUUUCCUCAAGGACCUUUUGGAGCUGGUCAAGAAGGACGAUUACGAUGCCCAGGAUCUGGCUGCUUUCGAGGAGACCAUCAUGCGGGGAGUUGGCACCGACAAGCAUGGAAAGAUCUCCCGCAAAGAACUCACCAUGAUCCUGCUGACACUGGCCAAAAUAUCCCCCGACGACGAGGAGUAAGCCGUUGGCUGGAACACAUACCAAAAAGAGAUUUUAGCCAACUCUAUUUUUGUCACCCGAUCGAGGGGAAUCCAGAUAAGAGGCCAACGAGGGCUUCGAGGCAAUUGUUUACUUUAGAGCUGCAUCCAAAGGGCAGCGAAAAAAAGAUUUUGGUAUCGGGGGACGAUCCUGAGCGAACUGGGAUCCAAACCGAAACGAAGCUAUUGGUAACACAAAUCUAAUAUAAAUGUUUCAAUCUUAAAUAAAUGUUUAUCGUACGUUAAGAUGUUGAGAGUAUAUUUCCCCCAAAGUCAAAACCAAAACGGAAAUUUAUCCAAUCAAACAAUUUGCAACACUGAAUCGAGCCACUUAAAGUAAACAAUUAAGAAAUGAUAACAUCAAGAUCAGUACAUCGAUUUUAUAUUAUAUUAUACAUGUAUUUAUAUUUUCUAUGUGUAUUUGCAUAAAGUAUUUUAUUUAAUUACCAAUUAAAACUCGAAAUAAAAGUAGUUAUAUAUUUAAGGAUACAAUAUUUAUUUGAGAUUACCUAAGCAUAAACGUAUAUGUGUGGCUACAAUCUGUAGAUAAUUGUUGUUAAUAAUUGUGUCAGUAUCCCUUAACUCGGCAGCGUAAUAAGUAUUCUUCUCCCGAAGGGUGGGUGUAUUCAGCACCCACAUUGUACUAUGUAUAUCUCCCGCAAACAUCAAUCAAUCAAUCAAGAGCCACUUGCAUCAGCCCCAGGGUGGACGCUACUAAUGCAGGUGAAUGCAAAUGCAUCUCCCACCUGAACGUGACACUGUCACGCUGAAGGGUGGAAAUGUAUCUAGUUAACGUUAGAGACACUCGUCCUUGUAUUUUCCACCUGAGGGUCUGUGCGAGGGGAGAUUACGAGGUGCAGAUUGAGGCCAGCUGGCAGCAUUUCCACUCAAUUUCCCUGCUUAGGCGAAUCGGUAACUAAACCUUAACGAAAACUUAAAGUUAACCUACAACGCUAUGAACUAUCCAACGUUUUUCAAGGUGCUAUAGCUAUACAAAUUACUACUUUUUCGGUUCCUUCCUUGCCUUUACCAUUAAUUUCUUUGAAACCAAUCUAAUUGAAAUCUAAAAAACUAACAAUUACUAACUUAAGCUUUAACGCCAAGACAAAUUGGUACAAUCUUGAAACGGAGUUUACCCAAGGAUUCACUUUUAAAAUUUCAAAAUGAUACGGAUUAACUGAAAACCACUUCCAUCAACUUUAAAAAUGGAACCCUGAGUAAAACCUAUUGUACACACCCGUACAUGCAACAAAAUGCCAACUUAACAUAUAAAUAAACUAAUUACGAUACAACUCUAUAUGAUAACAUACUUAUGCUAAUCCUAAGAUAUUGUUCAAACCACAUGCAUGUAAAGCUUCGAAACUGACUUUCUCUAUAUAUACAAGAUACCAAAUAUCGAAUAUAUAACUGGAUAUAUGUCUAAUACUAUGAAAAUACAACAGAAAUGUUUUAAUAAAGUAAAUACAAUCUAUGCAGACAUCAAGGGGUCAGCCCUCCAA